AUGUUUUCAUGUCAUGAAUGUCAUGAAAGUUGUAAAACAUGUUCAUUUUACUCAAAUUGUGAUUCAUGUUAUGAUGGAUAUUAUAAGAAUUCAUCUAAUGACUGUGUAGUAUGUCCAUCUUCUUGUUCUAAAUGCUCAUCAAAUACAAAUUGUAGUGAGUGUGUAGUUGGAUAUUAUAAAUCAACAGCUGCUCAAUGUUUGAAAUGUUCAAAACAAUGUUUAUCAUGUGAAAAUAAUGAAAAUAAUUGUACCAGUUGUAUAGAUCCAAGUAAUUAAUAAACUCCAACAUGUAAUUGUUAAUCAACUUAGAAAUAUUUGGAUACAGUAACAUCUUAUUGUAUAGAUUGUUAAUCCCCUUGUAUAGAAUGCAAUUCAAUAUCAUCUUGUGAUUCUUGUAUUACAACUCAUAUAUUGAAUGAUCAUACAUGUAUUCCUUGUAGUAAACCAUGUUAUGAAUGUAAUACUAUUACUACUACAUGUAUCACAUGUAUUGAUAAUAUUCAUUAAACAACACCUAAUUGUUAAUGUGAUGAUGGAUAUUUCUUAAAUACUUCAACAUUUAUGUGUGACUAAUGUUCAUUCCCAUGUUUAACUUGUUAAUCUACUGCUACAAUUUGUUUAUCAUGUCGAUCAACUUAUACUUUAAUUUCUAAUAGUUGUACAUGUUUAACCAAUGAAUUUGAGAAGAAUACAGAUCCAAAAACUUGUUAAUAAUGUGUAAGUCCAUGUUAUGAAUGUUCAGGUUCAUAAUUAAAUUGUUCAUCUUGUAUUACUGGAUUAAACCGUCAUUUACAUAACCAUGAUUGUAUUUGUGAUGAUACAUAUUAUUAAGAUGACGAUGGAUAAUGUUAAUUAUGUUCAUUACCAUGUAUUAAUUGUUCUUCACUAUCAACUUGUUUAUCAUGUCAUGAUUCAAUCAACCAAAUUGUACCUUUAUGUUAAUGUAAAAAUGGAUAUUUCAUGGAUCACACAUCAAUAUGUUAACCUUGUCAUCAUCCAUGUAUUUCAUGUGAUAUUAAUCCUAAUUAAUGUUUAGAAUGUGCAAGUUCAUUUAAUAUCAAUAACUAUACUUGUUUUUGUUAAGAAGGAUAUUAUGAAGAUGUAUCUCAUAAUCCAUCUAUUUGUGAUAUAUGUAAUGAAAAUUGUAAAACCUGUUCUGAUUUAUCAACUUUCUGCUUGUCUUGCUUAGAUGAGCAUUAAUAUCUUAAUGAAUUACAUUAAUGUAUAUGCUAAAAUGGAUAUGUUCUAAUUAAUAAUAUAUGUGAAUUGUGUGCUCCUCCGUGCAUUAAUUGUUAAAUUAGUACUAAUUAUUGUACAUCAUGUUUAGAUACACAUCAUAUUCUUCAUGAUGGUUAAUGUUAUUGUGCUUAAGGUUGGGUAAGUGAUUAGUAUAAUCAUUGUAUCGAAUGUCAAUUACCUUGUUUAACAUGUUCAGUAAAUUAAAAUCAUUGUGAUUCAUGUAUUGAUAUCAAUCAAAUUCUUGAUUUGAAUUUCAAUUGCAUAUGUAAAUAAUAAUUUUAUGCUGAAUCUACAAAUAAUUGCAUUGCUUGUAAUCCAUUAUGUGCAACUUGUAAUUAAAAUGGAUGUCUAACAUGUUUAGAUACUCAUCAAAUUGUAAUUAAUUACUAAUGUAUUUGUAUUCAAGGUUAUUAUAUGAAUGCUAAUGAUGAUUAUUCAUGUUAAUAAUGCUAAAUACCUUGUUUAGAAUGUUCAAUCUAAGCUAAUCAUUGUUUAUCAUGUGUUGAUAAUACCAUAUAUAAAUUAGAACAAAAUCAAUGUAUCUGUAAAGAUGGAUUCUAUAUUCAUAAUAAUUCAUGUCACAAAUGUUCUCCACAAUGUUAAACUUGUUUAGAUAAUGCUAAUAAGUGUCUCUAAUGUUCAGAUAUUAAUUUAGUUUUCAUUUUAAAUGAAUGUAAAUGUCAAAAUGGAUCUUUCUAUGAUGAAAACUUUUAGUGUUCUCCCUGUUCAAUGAGUUGUUACAAUUGUAUCUCAUAUGAACAUUGUAUUCAAUGUUAAGAUUUACAUUAUCUAGAUGAUAAUUACAAAUGUUAAAAAUGUAUUGAACAUUGUCAAUAAUGUUAAAAUUAGUAGUCCUGUGAUUAAUGUUUAGAUGGUUAUUUCCUCUUUAAUUCUUAAUGUACAGAAUGUUAAUAGAAUUGUAACACUUGUGAAAAUCAAUCAGAUUUUUGUACUUCAUGUAUAAAUGUUUAUGAUUUAAUUGAUAAUAAGUGCCAAUGUAAAUAAGGAUAUUACAAUGAUCACUUUAAUUGUUAUUAAUGUUAAUUUCCUUGUGGAAAAUGCACUUCAUAAACAAUUUGUUAAGAGUGUUUGAAUAUCUAAAAUGUUGUUUUAGAUGAUAAUAAAUGUGUUUGUAAAUAAGGAUAUUAUUUAUCAAAUUAAGAACAAUGUUAAGAAUGUAGAUAUGGAUGUAAAAUAUGCAUUUCAUCUAAUGAAUGUAUUAGCUGUCUUAUAGAAUAAAAUAGAAUAUUGUAAAAUAAAGUAUGUAUUUGUAAUUCUGGAUAUUUUGAAACAGAAAAGCAGGAAUGUUAAAAAUGUAAUUCACAAGAAGGUAAAAUAAAAGAGAAUUGUAAAUAUAAAGAUUGUUAAGAUAACCUAUGGACAUAUGGUGAAGAAUGUGAUGAUGGAAAUAAUAUCGGAAGAGAUGGAUGCACUAAUUGUAAGAUUGAUCCUAAUUAUAAAUGUAUCAAUUAUAUUCUUAAACCUUCAAUUUGUUAUAAAUGUGAUACUAAUUGUUAUAAAUGUGAUUACAAUCAAAAUUAAAAUACUACUCAUUGUAUAUAAUGUGAGGAAGGAUAUUUUAUUAAAUAAUCUGUUUGUUUUAAAUGCAAUCAAAAAUGUCUAUAAUGUAUCAAUAGUGCAUCUAAUUGUGUUUCAUGUAGAUUUCAAUUAAAUGUCAUAGGCUAAUGCUUCAAUUGUGAAGACACUAUUGGCUAUUAUUCUGAUUUCAGUACCAAUACAUGCUAUUCUAAAUGUGGAGAUGGAAUUAAAUCUAUUAGUGAAGAAUGUGAUGAUGGUAAUAAUUUUAAUGGAGAUGGUUGCAACCACAUAUGUAAACUAGAAUAAUUGUAUAUUUGUUAAGAUUCUAUUUGUAUCAAACCUGAUUUACCAAUCCCUAUUUUACAAUCUAUAGGGGAUCAAUCUAUUUACAAUAAUAUUAGACAAUUCGUAAUUUCAUACAAUAAAUUGCUUAUACUUUCUGAUGAUUUCAAUUUAUAAAAACAUAUCCAAUUGAUCAUUCGUAAUGGUUAAAAAGAAAUUUUUGUUGACUCUAUUUUUAAUAUUACUUAGAAUAUUGAAUUAAUUAAUUAAUCCUAUUGCAACUUAACUGUCCAUUUUCAGAUAUCAUUUAAUUAAAGUAUUCACAACCAAGAGUUUGUAAUUAGAUUUACAAACCUUACUAAUAUUAAAUCAAUAGAUGGCUAUUUAUAAUAAUUAUUAUUAGUAACAACCAAAAUUGCUGAUGUUAUUUUUGUGGAAACAUCUACUAUUUAAAAGGCUGAAAUUGCAUCUUCAAGUAAUUAAUACAUCUUAUAUACUAUUGGAACAAUGAGUGCAAUAGCACUUCUAUUUGGAGGAUUGGAUAUUUUUUAUAAUCUUUUAGAUACAAUUUAAAUAUUAUCUUAUCUAAAAUAUAUUAAUGUUUCUGUUCCAUUUAAUUUACAAUAUUUCUUUAAUUGCUUUCAAUUUGUUCAAAUAAAUUUCAUUCAAAAAUACUUUAACUUUGAAGAUCUUCUUAAUUAAUAUCUUUAAAAUGAAAAUUUCGAUACUAUUCCUCUUAAAAUCAAAUAAGAUGAAUUAACUCCUUUGUUUAUAAUAAAUAGUGCAUCAGUCAUUUUUCUUUGGUUCACUUUAAUUUUGAUUUACAUUGUCUCAAAAAAAAUACCUUAUUAUUUACAUCAAAUUAAUUUUAAAUACUAUGAUGAAAUUCCAAAUUAAAAACCUUCUUUGAUUUUGAAGAUUAAAUAUAUUAUUUUAGCUAUCAAAAUUUCAAUAACACGUUUUUGUAUUAAAGUAUUGCGUGAAUUUUUUUGUAGUGGAAUCUAUAGAGCAUUAAUUUCAACAGCUUAUGAUUUCACUUUUGCUAUUGUCCUCUAAUUGUAUUCAUUAGACUUAAUUUCAUAAAAUAUUAUUAUAAGAACAAGUUCCAUACUUUCUUUAAUAUCAUUCCUUUUUUAUAUUUCUAUUAUUUUUCACAUAAUCAAGCUCAGCAGUCAAAAAUAAUAUGCCUUUAUAAAUUAUUAAAACAAUCUAAAAUAUGGAACAUUGUUUGAAGGAAUCAAAAAAUCAAAUGUCAGUAAAUAUUUUAAUGCAAUUCUACUAACAAAAAAACUAUUGUUUAUGAUAACUUUAAUAUUUUUUUAUGAAACUCCAUCCUUUUAAAUAGUCAAUUUAAUCAUUUUUACUAUCCUUCAAUCUUAUUUCUUGCUCUCCUUUAAACCAUUAACUGAUUACAAGGAAUUUGUCAAACAAUUUAGUUGUGAACUUAAUAUAGCUAUUACAUUGUUUCUAUUAUUAAUCAUAAGCUUAAAUGAGGAAUUACGUAUUUUCUCAGAAGAUAUCAAAUCAUAUUUAGGUUGGUGUUGCAUUGGCAGUAUUACAAUUAUUUUUGUUAUUUAAUUAAUUUUAGAUGCUAUCCAAUAAUUGAUUUUUUUAUUAUAGAAAUAUAAAAAGCUUAAAAAAUUCUUCUCUAAUAUUUUAAAACUAUUUAAACCAACUUUAUUGAAAGAAACUGAUCAUAAUGUAUUUAUGACAACAUGA